ACGGCGGCGAGAGAUCCCUUACGGUGCCGUUCUCAGAGUCAGCUGCUGGUGAGUCUUAUUUUCGCCGUGUUUAUUACUGAGACAGUGACCCUCGCCGCCCGGGAACCACCCUAGAGUACCCCAAGACUCUCGCUGCGUGCAUUGACCAACUGCCAAGAUUACCAUCAAAAUGCCCGAGCUCACAGAGAUUGAGAAGACCUCUCCGCCAGCAGCUGAAGCUGUGGAGGAGCCGGAGGCUGGCUCAGGAUCGGACUCCGAUGCAUCGGAGGAAUCUCUGCCAGAGCUAGAACAGGGUGGUUCUGCAUCUGCACCAACAGUUACAGAAUCUGCCAAGGCAGCCAAGCAAAGUCGGUCGGAGAAGAAAGCUCGCAAGCUCAUGUCAAAAUUAGGGUUGAAGCAAGUUCCUGGUGUUAACCGUGUCACUAUUCGUAAAAGCAAGAAUAUUCUUUUUGUUAUCAAUAAACCUGAUGUAUUCAAGAAUCCUGCAUCUGACACUUAUAUUGUGUUUGGUGAAGCCAAGAUUGAAGACAUGAGUCAACAAGCCCAGAUGGCAGCUGCUGAGAAGUUCAAGGAGCCAACUGUGAAUCCAGCCGCCGACACCGCUGCACACACCACAGUUCCUGCUGCCAUACAGGAGGAUGAGGAAGAGGACGACGAAGAAGUCGACGAGACUGGGCUGGAGGAGAAGGAUAUCGAACUUGUUGUCUCGCAAGCCAACGUUUCUCGAGCUAAAGCUGUUAGAGCCCUCAAGAAGAAUAAUAAUGAUAUAGUAAAUGCCAUCAUGGACUUAACCAUGUGAUAACUUGAUAGUGAUUUAAGGAGACAGUUUUGACAAGCAUUUUUUUCCUAGGGAAUUCUGAACAAUUUUGGGUUAAUGUGUGUGAUUGGUGUGUUACAGAAAAGAAGAGGCAUAUUUUGUUCUCAAUAUAUGCUGUAGGCAACUUGCAUCCAUCCAUCCAUAUCUUCUCUUAAAAAGGAAUCCUCUUAAGCUUUACGGCAACCGUUUACCUGACCGACUGUAUUUACUAAAAAUAAAUUCUGUUGACUCCCA